GCUAUGUCCCUUCACACACUGUCACACUCUGUCAAAGAGUCCAGACACACUCAGCGAUCCUCUUCUCCGACAGUCAGAACAGCACUCAGUCACUUAAUCUGAUUUAAAGGACUUUUUUUUUUUUACAGUCCAGCUCCUUCGGUUGGACUUUAGUGUUUCUUGACUGGACUGAAUAUUUGGGCCUGGUGCUGCGGAGCUCCAGUCCCGUCUAUUGCUUCUUCUCCGUCUCUCAACACACCUGCUACAAGCGCCUGGCAGGAGGAAGAGACUGCUUGACCUACCAUGUUUCUAGCUUUAGUGGUGACGCCAGAGCUGAGGGAGUUUCUGGCCAGGGCAAGAGGUGGAGCGGUGCGCCUCAUCAAAGUGUGCAUCCAAGACGAGCAGCUGGUGCUGGGGGCCUACAGAGAGCCAGAACAGAGCUGGGACCAGGAUUAUGAUCACUUCCUCCUUCCUCUCCUGGACGACCAGGAGCCCUGUUACAUCCUAUACCGCCUGGAUUCCCAGAAUGCACAGGGCUACGAGUGGAUCUUCAUAUCAUGGUCUCCUGACCAGUCUCCAGUGAAACAGAAGAUGCUGUAUGCUGCCACCCGUGCCACAGUGAAGAAAGAGUUUGGCGGUGGCCAUGUGAAGUAUGAGAUGUUUGGCACAGUUGAGGAGGACGUCUGCUUGCUGGGCUACCAGCGUCAUGUGUCAUCCUGCUCAGGUCCUGCCCCGCUCACACUAGCUGAACAGGAGCUCCAGAGGAUCAAAAUCACUGAGGGCAGAGUUAAACAGGUGAAGACAGAGAUCAGCGUGGAAAGUAAGCACCAGACACUUCAAGGCCUCGCUUUCCCACUGCAGGAGACGGCCAAAAGAGCCUUACAGCAACUCGCCCAAAAACGCAUCAACUACAUACAACUGAGGUUGGACACAGAGAAGGAGACGAUUGAGCUGGUUCACUCCAACCCGACAGAAAUUCGAGAUUUGCCCUGCAGAGUUCCUAAAGACACUCCCAGAUACCACUUCUUCCUCUACAAGCACUCCCACGAGGGAGACUAUCUGGAAUCCGUCGUGUUCAUAUACUCCAUGCCCGGGUACAGCUGUAGCAUCAAGGAGCGGAUGUUGUAUUCUAGCUGCAAGAGUCGAUUACUGGAAGAAGUGGAGAGAGAUUACCAUUUGGAAAUUGCUAAAAAGUUGGAAAUCGACGAUGGAGAUGAACUGACAGACAGCUUUCUGUAUGACGAGGUCCAUCCCAAGCAGCACGCCCACAAACAGGCCUUUGCUAAGCCCCGUGGCCCGGCAGGAAAAAGGGGACACAAGCGCCUUAUUAAGGGUACGGGGGAGACCAUACAGAACAGUUAGAGGUGGACAAAAAUUCUCCUGGACGUGUCUGCAGUUCCAGCCUUCUCGCUUUCCCCACACCCACUCACCGACACAUGCCAGGCUCAGAGGAAAGAGCACAUUAUUGGUUUCCACUGCCGUUUGUGUACUGACCACAGCAAACACUUGUGAUAUAAUAUCUUGUUUUUUUUUUUUGAUGAAAAUAUGCCGUUAAGUUAUCUUAAUCUGUUCCUCUUGUUCAGUUUGUUGCAAAAUCCCACAGGCAAAUCAGGCAAAUACAUAUAGAUACUUAGAAAAAUGCUAUAAAAUCAAUAAGAAAGAAAUAGUCCAGUUGAAACUAAAACAAGUGGUCUUGAUGAUAUGAAACUAAUCUGUGUGAUUUUUCCUUUAUUAUGAGUUAUUUCAAAGCAGAUUCACAAUACAUUAACAGUUUACAAUAUAAUAGACCAGUACAAUAAAUCUGUACUGAACUGGUGUUAAUGCAUAGUGUUUCAGCGCUCAUGUAAAGCCUCAAAUACACAUUUUUUUAUCAACAUUGUUUGUAAGAUAGAAGCAAUAUGAAAGCAGAUUCCAAAUAAAAUCUUGUUUAUACUGUGGUAUUACA